CUAUCUUGUGUCUGUAGCCAUUUUGGAUUACAUUUUUGGGAAAUUUGGGGGGUAAAAAUCUGUUCGUUAUGGCAGGAGAACCGCAUUUUAUGACUGGUUCAUCAAAGAUACAGAUGAAUUUUCACAACAAAAAUAUUUUUGCCGAAUUAACGAAACAAAUGGGUAUUCUGCCUGGUUCUAAGGGACUAAACGAUAUCACUCAAUUUGCUGAUGAAUCGACACAAACGUCGUCGAGUGUUUCAGGCUCUCCUCUUGAAGCUGUCGGGCGUGAAGCAGAAGUUAUAGCUACUGAUGUUGUUAUAAGUCUUGCAGUGGAAGAUAAAAGGAAACCUCCAAAUAAAUACUGCAAGACCAUGAGAAGAACUGUGAAGGAACUGCUGGAGCGUCAUAACAUUGUGUUUAAAGGGAUGGUAAACAAACUUAAUGUUGAAGAAGGAAAUGCUUUCAAAACAUUUGUUAACAUUGCAGAUGAAAUAUUUGAUGACGGACAAAUAAACUGGGGUAGAAUUGUAGCAGUGUAUGCCUUUGCUGUGCGUUUAGCAAAACACUGCCAAGACCAGCAAAAAAAUGACUUUCCACAAAGGAUUUCCUUGUAUGUUGGAAAAUACGUAGGCAACAAAUUGGGAAGAUGGAUUCUGGAUAAUGGAGGAUGGGAUGGAUUUGCAGAAUAUUUUCCUGACCAAGGUGAAUUUGAAGACAAGAUUUGGAAAGGUCUGCUCUUUACAGCUAUGGGACUUGGUGCAUUAGCCACUGUGGUUGCAGCAAGAUAGUGAUACGAUGAACUGUCCUUACUUGUAGAAAAUAAUAAUAAUAAUAUACUUCUCAUAUUGACCAUUUUGUGUUUGAGACUACUGAACACUGCUUAAGAAAAUUUUAUAAAAGGAUGCAAAUCAUUACUUAGAAGAGCAUUAAUUAAAGUACUGUCAGAAAUAGAA